AGCAGCGGCUUCAGUUCCCAGCCUCAGAGGAGAGAAGGCGAGAAGAGAGUCUCGAGGGCGCAGGGAUGGCUCCGGCGCGCAGCUCUGCGAAGGCGCCUCUUUGGCGAGUGGUCUUCCUUUGGGCGGGGGUCUUGCUCCUGGCUUGCUCAGAAUGCCGGUCUGAAGUCCGAGUGUCUGUCCCGGUGGUCAUUGAAGCUCUUUUGGGCCGAGACGUGUCCAUGUUGUGCAGCCACACCGGGAGCGACGGGGACGGCUCAGUCUUGGUGGAGUGGUUCAUUACGGACAGAACCGGGACGCAGCAGCGCAUAGCGUACGACGAGCGUGGGAAGCAAGGGGUGGACGUUGGGACGGAGUACAAGGACCGGGUCUCCAUGGACGCCGAGCACAGCCUGGUCAUCCGGGCGGCCGAGGUGGGCGACGAGAGGGAGUUCCUCUGCCAGGUGACCACCUCUUCAGGAACUGACGUGGGAGUGACCCAGCUCAAGGUCUUCGAUUCGCCCGAACCUCCGGAGCUCCAGAAGAACACGGCGACCCUUUCCGUGACCGAAGAAUUUGCGUCAGAGAUUGCUACUUGCACCAGCAAAAAUGCCCACCCGGUGCCAACCAUCAGCUGGUAUAAGGAUGGACGCCUCCUGAAUCCCUCUACAGAACACAACAAAGUGUUGUAUGUGGUUUCGCGGACGGUGAAGGAAACCUCGGGCCUCUUCUCCGUCUCCAGCACUCUGUACAUGCACCUGAAGAAGGAGGACAAGGAGUCCGCUUUCCGGUGCAAAGUCAACUAUUCCAUGCCGCAAGGGAAGAGCGGCAGCGCCGAGACGGAGCCCUUCCAGGUCACGCUGCACUACUACACCGAGAACGUCCAGUUCUCUUUGGCUUCUCCGGAGCUGAUCAAGGAAGGCGACGACGUGGAGUUCCACUGCCAGGCUGAUGGCUCUCCGCCGCCCGAGUAUUUCUUCUUCAGAGUGCAGACGUCCGAAAAGGGAGAAGUCCAGCGCGACAUGGGCUCCAACCCAGACGGUGUCCUCCGCCUCCGUCGUGUCACCAAAGCCGACAGCGGGACGUACCGGUGCCAAGUGCUGGACUUCGACAGCCCGCCCGAAGUGGACCUGGAGAAGGAGGCCGACAUCUUCGUCCACUACCUGGACGCAGUUGUUGUGACUCCAAGCAAGAUGGCGGUGGCUAACGUGAGCGGAAACGUAGAAUUGACUUGCUCCGGAAGCGGAUCCAGGACGCCCGAAUUGUCCUGGAAGAAGGGGGAGGAAGAGGUCGGGAAAGGUGCCACUUUGACCCUGGAUUCACUGACCUACCAAAUGGCAGGGACCUACUCCUGCAAGGCUGCCAUCUCCAGCAUUCCCGGUUUGGUAAAAGAACAAACUGUCCAGGUCGUGGUGGAAGGGAAACCAGAGAUGGAGCAACACCAAUCGGUCUCCCAUUACCAAACCAUUGGACAAGUAGUAGAGCUGACCUGUUCCGUUUUGGGCCAUCCCGAACCCGAGAUCCGGUGGAGUGUCACUGGAGAGGAACUCUCUGCAAACACCUUGUCGGUGGAAGUGACACCUGAACUGGUUCAGAGCGGUGUUUCCUGCUGGGCCCAGAACAAGCACGGUUCGGACAAGCAGACCUUCCAGUUUGAGAAGGUUUCCCCAACACAACCAUCAUCCCCGGGACCGGCAGUGGACGGCGAGGAGGGCCAAGGCGGCAGCACGGUGGCGGUCAUUGCGGUCUGCGUCUGCGUCCUGCUCUUGCUGCUCAUCGUCGGCUUCUUCUACUUCAUGCAGCGGCGAGGGCAGCUUCCUUGCGGCAGCGGAGAGAAGAGGUCCUUGUGAGUGCCGUGAAACCCCCAGCCCCCCACCU